AAUAAAUAAAUUCAUACAGAUUUAAAAAAUACAAAAAUUGUCUGUAAAAUUAAAAUAUCUAAAAAACGUUAUUCAAUAAAAUUAAAAAUCACAGAAAUGAUAUGUUCAAAAUUUAUCUAUGUUUUAAUUUUCUUAAUGCCAAUUUAUGUCAAGUAUUUUACGGAGGCUAAAAAAGCAGCAAAAUCAGUUAUCCUCAGACAUCUUUUUAAAAAUGAUGGAUGGAAAAAUUUAAAUGACGUAAGUCAAGUAACAAUUUUAGGUUGUAAUUAUCAUUUAAAUGAUAUAUCUGAAAAGGAUAUUGAUUCUUCAAAUGCUGACAAACGAGUACGAAUUGCUACAAUAUUCCUUGCGGCUUCACAUGGCAAUGUUUUAAAAAAAUUAUUCUACAUUGUUGAUAAAUUUCGAGAACAUUGUGAUGACUUAUUAGAACAUGAUUAUAUAAAAUUAUAUAAUAUAUUUAAUAAUAUUGAUGAACAUGAUAAAAUCAAUUGUAUAAAUAAAUUAUUAAACACAAUACAAAAUAUAUUAUUACUGGCAAAGAAAAUGGAAGGAGCAAUAGAUGCUAUAGAUGAUAUGCAUAGUAAUUCAUUGAAGACGUCAAUAAGAUAUAAGGAAAAGUACAUUUUAAAAAAUAUGUUCAAUGAAUUGCAAAAUUUUGAUGAUAAAUUACAAUCAAAGGAGCCAAACAAAACUACUUUAUCGUUUAUAAAAACUUUUUUUUCUGGGAGAAUUAGAGAAAUAAUAAAGAGUACACGCUCGUUUGCUAGUUUGAUAUUUGAAGAUCGCGAAUUAUUCAUGGACAGUAUAAUGAAAGAAUACAAGGAGAAUCCAUCGGAAGAUACUGAUGGACAUAAAUUAAGUGUUCAUCUUAUUACAAAAAUAAAUGAAAUUAUUGAACAUACGGUUCAAAAAAAGAUUUUUGAGCUAGGUUUUAAGUAUAAUGUAAUAACCGGCGAAGUUUACAUAACGACAUCAUGCGAAGAUAUUGAAAACGAAAGUAAAAGAAAUUCUGAAGAAUAAAAUAAAUACAGCACCACAAAUACAGUUUAAUUAAUUAAAAUAAGGAUUAAAAAAGUAUGAAAAAGACGUUAGUUAACCAUUUCUUGGUAGAUUUUUAGAAAAUAAAGAAUCAUUAAUUAUAUUUUUAAAUCAAUUAUAUAUAUAUAUUUAAAUAUUUUUUAAUAGAUACAAUUUGUAACUCUAA